CGACGGGCUGCUGUCACCCGGAAUAACGCGACACUUUAGCUCCGCUCACUCUUCGCCCUGGUCUUCUUAUGACCGCGCAUUAUGUUCGAGGAUCCUGAACUCCAAGAUCCGUUGUCACUGAGUCUUAAUCCAAACUAUGACGACCAGACUUCGCCGAAUCGCGAUUCCAAAAAAUCCCCGGCAAGCCCCGACUAUAAUUGCGAGACACCAGAGAUUCGAGUUAUCAUCAAAGAGGAGGAGGAAGGCUGGACUGUGAGUGAAAAUCAUGAGCGCGUCAGCUCAGAGGGAGAAGAAGAAGAGGAGGAGCAGGAGGAGGAUUCUUCCGUACACUCUCGUCAUGCCGACCUCAAAGCGUGCGGGAAGGGGACUGUGCAGAGCUCAGAGGGGCUCAUGGACGCGGACGAGAAACCGAAGACAUCCUGCUCACGGGGGACGGCGGAUGUGACGUCGCACCAGUGCGACAACGCGGGAGAGAAACCCUUCUGCUGCCCGGCGCGAGAGACGACCCUCGGCCACAAAAGCAACGUGAAGUCCAACCGGAGAGAACGUGUGGGGGGCGACCACCAGACCCGCGAGGAAAAACAAAGCACAUCGACGGCAACAGACGCCGAAGAGACCAAAAGAUCAGCCCCGUGCCAAAGGGGUUCCGCUGAACGUGCGACCCUGAAGACACGUGAAUGCAUCAUGGCGUCUGCAAACCUAGAGGAUCAAACGCUCCAUUUGACCGUGAGACUGCAGGCAGGGGAGGAGGAGGAGGAGGAGGAAGAAGAAGAAAUUGGUGGUUUAAUCAACUCUGAUGGAGAAGUGGUUGAAUGGGACGCCAGAGGUAGUCCGGACCGAGGCUCUGAUUGCAGAGAGAGUCCUCAGCCGAGCAAGGGUGUCGUCCCGUCCGAGUCUCGGCCGCGAGGCCAAAACCAGAGAGACAGCAGGAGUCCAACGCUCAUCGUGGAGGUUGUGUCUCUGGGGGAGGAUGAAGAAAGGGAAGGAGGGGAGGAGAAAGCGAGAGUAGUAAAGAUGGCAGCGGCCUCGCCCGUAUAUCGUGGGAAGAGACACAGAAGAAGGAAGACGGUUCCAGAGGUACCGGUGGUGUCGUUAGACGCCUCCGACGCGGAGAAAGAAGUUCCUCCCGUCAAACCGAGGGGCAGGAGGAAGAUUCCUAAAGCUCCCGCGUCGUCUGCCGAAGACCUCGAGGAGGAGCCGGGAAUCUCGAGGCGCACGCGGAGAAAGGUCAAUUUUCCCGCCAUCGUCGAAUCGGAGGAAUUGCACUCCAAGAAUGUCCGCCGUGCUGCUGCAAAGCGCCCUUACAGAAGAAGAAAAGAUACCAAAGUGUCUGCCGAUGGGGACGGAAAGAACACGAGUGUUCCUGCUGGAAAGAAGCGCCCCGGCAGAAAGAUGCCCCGUGUCCCGAUGGAGAUCCCCCCGGAGCUCCUGAAGCAGCCCAAAGAGAAGAUGGAGUACCACUGCUCGGCGUGUGGCAAAGAGUUCCCUCACGCCUACAAGCUGGAGCGGCACGGGCUGAUCCACACGGGAGAGAAACCGUACCGCUGCUCCAUCUGCAGCCGGGGCUUCAACCAGAAGGGGAACCUCAAAACGCACUACAAGGUCCACUUAGGUCGAAAGGGCGCCGUGGAUCUUGACGAAGAGGUGAACCCCAUCGCGCCGGAACACUCCGAGUACUUGAAGUCUCUGCCGGGGGAGUCCCGGAUCAAAUCCUCCCUCCGUUGCCCGGAGUGCGGACAAGAAUGCGAGAAUCCUUCGGAUCUGCAGGCGCACCUCGCCGCGGCGCACGCGGCGGAGUCGGACGCCGGCGAGCGCGCCGCGCCGCGGCUCCCCUCCUGCUGCCGCUGUGGCGUUCAGUUCGGCGAGAAAGCCGAGCUGGAGGAACACAUGAAGACGCACGUCAAGGCGAAGCCCUACUCGUGUCCCGACUGCGGCAAGAAGUUCAUCAACGAAAGCUACAUCCAGAUCCACCAGCGCAUCCACACGGGGGAGAAGCCGUUCCUCUGCUCCCAGUGCGGCCGGGGCUUCCACACGGCGUCCUCGCUCAAGCUGCACGAGAUGCAGCACUCCGGGGAGCGGCCGUACGCCUGCUCCAUCUGCGGGAAGACGUUCCGGAUAAACUCGUACCUCACGGCGCACUACCAGACCCACAUCAAGGACAGGCCCUUCGCCUGCAGCGUCUGCGGGAAGGGCUACUCCAGAGCGGAGGAACUGAAGGUGCACCACAGGCUGCACACCGGAGAGAGACCCUACGAGUGCGGAGAGUGCGGGAAGAGCUUCAUUUACCGCCAGGGUCUGCGGCAGCAUCAGCGCACGCACGCCGGGAAAAGCAUCGGCCCGACCAGGCAGCUCGGCAGGCCGAAGCAACACGCCAGGCUGGACCCCAUCUUGAUGGGCUCUGAACACCCGGAGGACUUGGGACCCGCUGCCAUCCCCGCAGAGGAGGAACCGCAAGAAAUCGGAGGCCUGAUCAACUCUGACGGAGAAGAAGUGGAUUUCUCAGAUCUCACAGAGGGCGCCGUGGCCCCGGAGACGCCCCCCAAGACGUCCGACCACAGCGAGAAUGAAAAGCCGCCGGCUCUCCACAGCUGCUCGGUGUGCGGCAAAGACUUCCCCUACGCCUCCAAGCUCCAGCGCCACCUGCGCACCCACUCGGGGGAGAGGCCCUUCCCCUGCGCCGCGUGCGAGAAGCGGUUCCCCGAGAAGGGGCUGCUCAUGAUCCACGAGAGGACGCACACGGGGGAGAAACCCUUCCCGUGCACCUUCUGCGAGAAGCGCUUCGCCAGCCAGGGCGAGCUGCGGCUGCACCGGCGGACGCACACCGGCGAGCGGCCGUACCACUGCUCCGUCUGCCCCAAGAGCUUCUCCCGACACUGGCACCUGAAGACGCACCUGGAGGCGAUGCACUCCGAGGUCGUGGCCGGCUUCGUCCGCAAGAAGUUCCCGUGCUCGGCCUGCGCCAAGAGCUGCAACUCUGCGGCGGAGCUGCGGGACCACCAGCGGACGCACACCGGCGAGCGGCCCUACCAGUGCUCCUACUGCGACAAGCGCUUCGCCCUGUCGGGCACGCUGGUGCGGCACGAGCGCCUCCACACCGGCGUCACGCCGUACCACUGCGCCGCCUGCGGCAAGACGUUCGCGCAGCAGUGGACGCUGACGACGCACAUGCGGACGCACACGGGGGAAAAACCCUACAGCUGCGCGCAGUGCGACAAGUCGUUCGUGGCGCCCGGGGAGCUGCGCCGGCACACGCGCAUCCACACGGGGGAAAAGCCGUACGCGUGCGGGGACUGCGGGCGCCACCUCUCCCUGGCGGGAACGCUCCGGAACCACAAGCGGUCGUGCACGCGGCGCAAGGGCGGAGCGGCGGCGCCGGACGACGACAUCGCCGCCGGCGUCGUCUCGGAGCCGGUCCGAGCUGCCGCUGGCGAGGCGUCGCAGCCCGGCCCGGUCGACAGCGCCAGCUCUGAGGUGUCGGUUGAGCCCCGUUCCUCAGACGAAGUCGCUCGCUGUGAAAACGACCCGCAAGAAGCAGAAGAGCGACCGGAGGCCGUCGCGUCCAGCCCACGUGUGAAUGUAAUAGUGAAGGAGGAGGAAGAGGAGGAGCCGGUGUGCGGUAGGCCGGGAAGGCCUCCGCUGACGAUUCAUCCACCGCUUCCUUUGUGUUGUGAAGAAGAAGAAGAAGAAGAAGAAGAAGAAGAAGAAGAAGACGAAGAAGAAGAAGAAGCGGCUCCCGACCAGGCGUCCGGCAGUGAGGAUUGCACCAUGCAGGAGGAGCAGGAGGAGCAGGAGGAGCAUGAGGAGCCUGAGGAGCAGGAGGAGCAGGAGGAGCAGGAGGAGCAGCGGCAGGAAAGCAAGGCAGACAUCAGGAUGACGGUGAAGGAGGAAGAGGAUGAACUCCUAAACGGGAAAGCGUCUGGAGAGGAUCCCGAUGGAGUCUCCGACAGCGAGAGAGAGAGUCCUCCGGCCUCCCCGGGGCAGGAGCAGGGCGACGGCAGCCUGACGAAGAGCACGUACUGCUGCGGGCUCUGCGGGAGGGACUGCCACAAGAUGUCCGCCCUUCAGAUCCACAUGCGAAUCCACUCGGGAGAGAAACCCUACCAGUGCUCCGUGUGCGCCAAGCAGUUCACGCAGAAAGGUCAACUCAAAGGUCACCAGAAGGUCCACACGGGGGAGAAGCCGUUCGUCUGCCCGGACUGCGGGAAGACCUUCGCCCACUCGGGGGCCAUGAACCGACACCGGCUCACGCACACGGGGGAGAGGCCGUACCACUGCUCGGUGUGCGAGAGGAGCUUCAACCAGUCGGGCCGCUUGCGGGAGCACGAGAAGAUCCACUUCGGGGAGAAGUUUGACUGCGCCGAGUGCGAUAAGAGCUUCACGCGAGCCUCCAGCCUCAAGAACCACUUCAGGCUGCACACGGGCGAGAGGCCGUACAGCUGCGACGUCUGCGCGAGAGGCUUCAGCCGCUCGCAGAGCCUGCGCAUCCACAAGCGGAAGCACGAGUCGGCGUCGGGCGCGAGGAGCGACGACUUAUCGCAAAGUGACGAUAACUCCCCGAUUAACAUGUGCAUAGCGGACAAAAAUGACUGAGAAACGUAUAGGAAGCGUAGAGAACAGUAGGCGUAUACAUAUAUAUAUGUGUGUGUGUGUGUGUGUGUAUAUAUAUAUAUAUACAUAUAUGUGUGUGUGUAUAUAUAUAUAUAUAUAUAACUGAAAGAUGUACCUCUGUGAAGAGGCCGCCGUUAAAACUCCAAAAAGAAGUAUUGAAGCUAAAAUAUUUAACUCCCUGAUAUUGAUAAACCAAUAUGUGUCAAAGGACGUUCAGCAACGCGGUUCAAAUCUUAGGAAACUGAGUCCUAUUUGCUCUCUUUUCUCACUCGAACCACCACGUCAGUUGAAUCAGAAUGUACACAUUUAAAGUAUUUAUUGUAGUACAAAUAGUUCACUUGAGGUCCGGGAUUUCACAUUUUCCCAUGCAGUAUUUGUCCAUCACUAAUUGUGUAUGUGGAAGUUGGAUUGAAGAGUAAAUAUAUUGUUGUAUCAAACGUUACGAUGAGCAGUCGAGGAAUCGGGUGAAACUGGAAUUCAUUCUUUGUGUCUGAGCUACUGAAAUGUCCGAAAUGUUUUCGCCAGUAAUGAAGCAAAAGGAUUAUGAUACUCAUCAGGUUUUUGUUUUUAUGGCCGAGACCAUUUUGCCUUAGUGGUGAUGAAUAUUUUAUCUCUGUUUUAUGUUAUUCUCAACCAAAUCAUUGAAUGAGGUUCAACUGGUUUGGAAAACUAUUGUGAAUAAAAGAAUCGUCCUAAAAAGGCUGUGAUGGAAAAGUGCUGCCUCGGUCUGAUUGUGUGGGACGUGUCAUACUGGCGUUAGGUGCAAAUAUAUGAACACAAAUGAAUAUCGCACGUGGGUAUUUUGCUGAACGGAGCCUGAAUGCGUCAUAAUGUAAAAACCACUGGGCUUAUUUACAGUGACACAAGGUUUCUCACCUAAAGCAAUGAAGAAUAUUAAGUUGAUUUGAGAUGUGUGAUUGAAUAUUUAUGUCAUGGAGCCAGACAGGAAAAGGUGUUGGUAUGCUGCGACUCGUUUUCAGCUCGAGCAGUUUUAAUAUCCUGUAUGAAGUCCUUCAGUCACCCUCAAGGUAGUUGGAACAGGAGAGACCGUGUUGACGCGGUUAGGUUUGGGCUCAUUAUGCGCUAAACAAAACACAGAAAUUAUAUAAACCACAGACAGGGUCUAUGGUUCUGUUAAAGUGCUGUAAUGAGGACGAGCCACCUGGUCCUUUUUCUCUUUUUUAAUCAAUAAAUGUAUCAGAAAAUGUCA